AAAACCUCCGCCAUCCAUGAGGAGCUCCAGCGCCGCCAUCGCACCGAUGUUGCGUGUGCCUCGCAGCACCACCAGCCCAGCGACCACGCGAACGACCUUCAUCAAUGGUAGAGCCUCCGGUAUGCUCGCUACUUGCGUCAUUCAACCCAUCGAUAUCAUCAAGAGGAAGUACAGUCGAAACAGAGAGAGCGAGAAAGAGACCGAGAGAGAGAAAGAGACCGAGAGAGAGUGGUGAUUUCAUUUUGCUGCGAGGGGAAAGAAGAUCUGUGUCGAAUCUGUCUGCAAGAUUCAGAUCGGUGGAGAGAAAGCGUUUUGUAUCGAAGGGAAAUGCUUCCUCUGGCAUGGGUGUUGCUGAGGACUGCCGCAACACAUUCUUGGAACUGCAGAGAAAGAAGGCCUUUCGCUAUGUGAUUUUUAAGAUUGAUGAGAAGAAGAAAGAGGUUGUGGUAGAAAAGACUGGAGGCCCAGCUGAAAGUUAUGAUGAUUUCACUGAAAAGAUCAGCCAGAGGAUGAAAAUUCUUCAGGAUUUGGUUCCUGGAUGUAAUAAGGUUAUUGGGAAAGCACUUGUUGUUGAUGAGAUUAUUAAUUACAUCCAGUCACUGCAGCGCCAAGUCGAGUUCCUUUCGUUGAACCUUGAAGCAGUCAAUUCAAGGGUGAACAUGAAUCCCGCCAUUGAAGCGUUUCCUUCAAAAGAUCAAUUUGAUGCAGCUGCGUUGUUAUUUGGACCACACACACCAAGGGAGUAUGUGACGGGCUCGCAAGCCGAAUGGCUGCAUAUGCAGGUUGGUGGUAGCUUUGAAAGAACAACAUAAACUCGGAAUAUAAACUCUUCAAGUCCCAAUUGGUUCGGAAUGUGCUUAAUUAGUUUUGCAUCUGGUGUAAUAGAAAUCUAUUUUCUGAAUGUACUAAUGUAGUGUGAACCUGGUAGUAUAUCAUAUUAGCAGUUACAAGACGGCUGCCAGUGGAUUCUCUACUAAGCUCACUCAACAGCGAAAGUAAAGGUUGUUGUUGAUGCGAAAGUAAAGGUUGUUGUUGAUGCAACUUCUGCUGGCAUCUUCAUUGUCAUCAUAAGGUGUGUUCUUCAAGACUUGGUUGGUUUCAACAUUUUACUAAAUUUUGUUAGAAAACUAGUUCUGUUGAUGUAAUGACUUUGUUGGAUAUAUGGAUGAAUGUAUUGGAUUUUAACAUAAAUGAAUGUGUUUUGGAUGUGAUGUCA